CCUGCCCGGGGGAGGGGAUGGCGGGCGGGCAGGGAGCUCCCCGCGGCCUUCAUCCCUCCCUUUCUCUCUCCCAGACGGCGCGGCGGCGGGGCGGGCAGCAUGUGGGCUGCGGCCCCUCUCCUCCUCCUCCUCCUCCUCCUCCUGCUGCUGCUGCCCCGGCUGCGGCGGCGCGGGGCGGCGGGGCUGGAGCCGGCCGGGCGGGCCGUGCUCAUCACCGGCUGCGACAGCGGCUUCGGGCACCUGCUGGCGCUCCGCCUCCACCGCCUGGGCUUCACCGUCUUCGCCGGCUGCCUCUGCCCCGGCGGCGACGGGGCGCGGCGGCUGCAGCGGGAGGCGGCGGCCGGCGCCGGCCGCCUGCGCGUCCUGCGGCUGGAUGUCACCCGCGCCCGCGACGUGAUGGCCGCCAAGGAGCUGGUGCUCAGCCACCUGCCCGAGAGAGGUUUCUGGGGGCUCGUCAACAAUGCAGGAAUAUCAACAUUUGGCGAGACAGGGUGGCUGUCUAUGGAGAAAUACGAAAAAUUUGCAGAUGUGAAUCUUCUUGGGAGCAUCAGGACAACCCUGGCAUUUCUUCCUCUUCUAAGGAAAUACAAGGGACGUAUUGUUUUCAUGUCCAGCAUUAUUGCCUAUUUUUCUCUGGGAAAUGGCAUUUAUUCUAUGACCAAGGCAGCUGUUGAAAGAUUUUGUGAUGCUCUAAGACUGGAAAUGAAGAAGUUUGGUGUCCGGGUCUGUAUUAUUCAGCCAGGAAAUUAUGCACGCUCUACAAAAAUCCAGCCGCCAGUCAGUGCCGAAGAGAUUUGGAAUGAACUCAGUGAAGAGGAAAAGGCAGUUUACAAUAAGGAGUACGUUCAAGAGCGGGCAAACUUUUUCAACCGCAUUCUCAGCGAAGGAAGCGCCAACGGCAGUGAAGUUGUCGAUGCUAUGGUAGAUGCUUUAACGUCCCCUGCACCCAAGGCGCGUUACAUGGUGGCGAAGCUGAAGGAAAAAGCGCUGGUGUUUGUGUGUGCUUUAUUCCCGACCGCUGUGAUGGAUUGCGUUUUGUCUUACGCUCUGAGUAAAGUAAAACUGGCAUAGCCUACGUUGGUACUGGUCAGUGACUCAGGCGGGGUAGUUUUUUUAAAAUGUGAAAGCGGGGGCUGAAUCUAAUACCCCCAGAGAUCGGUGUAAUGACACCAAUUAACUGAUACAAACUUUGGAGGGUCUCCCUAGUCAGAACUGUUACUUCUUCAUAGGGAAAAACACACAGGACCUCAUGUGAAAUUAAUACAUUUGUCCAGAUAACUUUAUUUCUCCCAUGUGGAAAAAAAAAUAUGGCCACUGUGGCUACUUUAGGUAUUACCUAGAAAAUUUAACGCAGCUUUUUCUAAUGCAAGACCAGGUUACUGUGUUACAGACAUGAUGGAGACAAAACGGAGCACAUCCUACAGGGCAACUGCACACCUGAAAUCAUUAGAGAAGACAUGAAAAUACCUUAUCUGUAGGAACCCGAGUAGUAAUUUAUUAGGGGCGAUGGGAAGAGGUUAAUGGAAAAGUUAGGAAUGAGCAAUAGACCUUGAAAUACUUUGAGUGGAGUUAAGUGGCUGUAGAAAGUUAGGAAGUGACAAAUAAUAAAGUUGUAAUACGGAAAGAGUGUCUUGGCUGACUACAGUUCAGUACUUUUUCAGGUGUUCUGGAUAAAUCUCUAAGAAAGCCAAUGUGUCAUGGACUUUGGAAAAUAAGUAGCAUAUUCCGUUUAAAAAUGAAUAUUCAAUCUAAAAUAAAAUCUAUCUUUUACCUAACGUCUGGAUUAAUCAAUGCGUUAACCUAAAGUGUAGUCAGAGCGCGAAACACCGAGGUGACAGAUACCAGUAUGCAGUAGCAACCUGUAGCUUAGAAGUAACAUAUUCAGCCUGGAGCUCUGGUUUUGCUAUUGUUAUAGGGAGUAAGGUCUGAUGAAAAAAAAUAUAUAUUAACAUGAACAGGAAAACUUUAGUAACGUGCAUCUACGAGAGUAAUUAAGCACGGUGGCUUCAAUAGCAGUCUCCUACUAACUGUUGUGGAAGAGAUGGCUGGUUUCCACACACACAGUUUUAAAUUUGGCUUGGUUGUGGCACAACACAAAAUCCAAGAAUUCUGGGAGCAAAAGAACCCAGAAUAGCUGGGAUAAGCUGUGGUGACACUGGUAGAUACAGAGCAACAGCUUGGAACAUUAGCCUCUCCCACGUCGGGUCUCCCGUAUCAAACCAAAGACUCUGCUGUAAGUUGACCUA